GUAAAGCCCUGGAAAAUGGCGGCUGUGCAAGAUGGGCCGAUUGAGUCGGAGAGUGAUACAGAAACAAAGACAGAUGCAUUGAACGAUGGCGCUGGAAAUAUCACGGGUGGUUCGACGGGAGCGCUGUCUUCGCCGCCCAAUGCAGCUUCUUCAGCCACAGGCACUACGAAAUCCAUGGCGCCGCCUGGACCCGAGAACCAGCAAACAUUGCUAGCCGUGCUGCAGUAUCUCAAGAAAAACAAUUUAUUGGAAUCGGUGGAUAUUUUGCGUCGAGAAGCAGGUUUAUCGGACGAUGGGGAAGACUCACAGGGCGCUGAAGGAUCCGGUGGAUCAGAUCCUGCAGGGAAAGUUGGCGAAGGUGGGGAUGCAAACUCCCUUCUUAACCGAGUAUCGAUCGCUACCGCAGCCCCCGUAGGCGUUGCUGCCCCGGCGCCAUCCAAAGCUAGCGGAGGGGAGGACCAGCCAGACGUAAAUGUUGUCCUAUCAGCAUACAGUCAGCAGGGCGAUCCAGCCCUUUAUGACACCUAUUACACCGGCCUGAAGAACUUCAUAGAAUCAGUAUUGGAUUGCCACCGAGCCGAGCUCUCUCAGCUUUUCUACCCACUUUUCGUUCACAUGUACCUGGAGCUGGUCUACAACAGCCACGAGCAGGAGGCUAAAGCAUUUUUUGACAAGUUCAGCGGUGACCAGGAGUGCUACUACCAGGAUGACCUGCGCGUGCUGUCCAGCGUCAGCAAGCGCGAGCACAUGCGCGGCAACGAGACGCUGCUGGACUUCCGCACCAGCAAGUUUGUGCUGCGCAUCUCGCGCGACUCCUACCAGCUGCUCAAGCGCCACCUGCAGGAGAGGCAGAACAACCAGAUCUGGAACAUCAUCCAGGAGCACCUGUACAUUGACAUCUUCGACGGCAUGCCGCGCGCCAAGAGCCAGAUCGAUGCCAUGUCAGGAGCCCUGGCUGGGGAGGCCCGCAGGGAGGCCAACAAGGGCAAGGUGUUCUACGGCCUCCUUAAAGAGCCGGAGAUUGAGGUACCUUUGGACGACGAGGAUGAGGAGGCUGAGAACGAGGAAGGCAAACCCAAGAAGAAGAAGCCCAAGAAGGAUAGUAUGGGCUCCAAGAGCAAGAAACAGGACCCAAACGCCCCCCAGCAGACCAGAAUCCCUCUCCCGGAGCUGAAAGACUCGGACAAGCUGGACAAGAUCAUGAACAUGAAGGAGGCCACCAAACGCAUUCGUCUGAGUCCGGACAACCUCCCCUCCAUCUGCUUCUACUCUUUCCUCAAUGCCUAUCAGGGUUUGACCGCAGUGGACUUCACAGAUGACUCAAGUCUCAUAGCAGGGGGGUUCGCAGACUCCACUGUCCGAGUGUGGAGCGUCACCCCGAAAAAACUACGGAGAGUCAAGUCUUCAGCUGACCUGAAUAUGAUCGAUAAAGAGUCGGACGACGUGCUGGAACGCAUAAUGGAUGAUAAGUCGGCAAGCGAAUCCAAGGUCAUGUAUGGUCACAGUGGACCUGUGUAUGGGAUCAGCUUCAGUUCUGACAGGAACUACCUGUUGUCCAGCUCGGAGGAUGGUACGGUGCGGCUAUGGAGUCUUCAGACCUACACGUGUUUAGUCGGCUACAAAGGACACAACUACCCCGUUUGGGACACGCAGUUCUCUCCUUAUGGCUACUACUUCAUCUCAGGAGGACAUGACAGAGUGGCUCGGCUGUGGGCCACGGACCACUACCAGCCUCUGCGCAUAUUUGCAGGUCACCUGGCUGACGUCACCUGUACCCGCUUUCACCCCAACUCAAACUACGUGGCCACGGGUUCGGCUGACCGCACCGUUCGCAUGUGGGAUGUCCUGAACGGCAACUGUGUUCGCAUCCUCACCGGACACAAGGGGCCCAUUCACAGCCUGGCGUUCUCUCCGAACGGGAAGUUCCUGGCCUCGGGGGCCACAGACGGCCGAGUGCUGCUGUGGGACAUCGGCCACGGCCUGAUGAUCGGGGAGCUGAAGGGUCACACCGACACCAUCUAUGCCCUCAGGUUCAGCCGCGAUGGGGAAAUCCUCGCCUCAGCUUCCAUGGACAACACAGUUCGCCUGUGGAACGCCUCGAAGGCGUUUGAUGACGUGGAGACAGACGACUUCACCGCGACCACGGGUCACAUCCACCUGCCCGACAACUCCCAGGAGCUCCUGCUGGGCACCUACAUGACCAAGUCCACGCCCGUCGUCCACCUACACUUCACCAGACGCAACCUCCUCCUCGCCGCGGGGGCCUAUAACCCUCAAUGACCCCCUCCAACCUAUCUCUUGAUUGUUUUCCCACAAAUCCAUUUUUAUUUUUUACACAUUACCCCCAUCCACUCAUUCUCCUUCCUUUGUCUGAAGUGGUGCGUUCAUCUGCAUGAGGUGAUCAGAUCAAACUCAAAGAGCUUAUGCCUUUUUUUUAACAGUUACCAAGUGUGUGUUAGCUUUUUAUCAAUAACUUAAAACUUAGUUUGGGGUUGGAAUGGUUGACUGCCUGGUGGAAUUAGAGGGGAUGCCAUUUUAGAUUCCCUCAUGAGUGAUCUGUGCUCCCUUUUAAGGUGGCAAACCGAGGCUUCUGCUCUCACUGAACAGCAGUCAUUGUCAUCUACAUACAUUGUUUUUAUACUGAUCCUAUGGACAUUUUUUUUUUUGUUUCCUCAGUUUACACAUGCUACAUCUAUGCAUCACUGCCAUUGUCCUCGACUGAUACUUCAUGAUGUACAGACUUUUAUAUCCUAGUGCCUCUAAUGUAAAUACAUAAAUAAACAAACAUGUUUUCUACAA